CGUCCUGACGGUCCACUCUUCUCUUAGUUUUACAUGUGAUUUGACUUAGUGAGAUUAGUUUACAUUUAAAGCAUGUUUGAAUCGGAAAGUGUCAAACCUUCCGUAUACGACCAAAUAGCAGAUUUGCAGCGCAAACUUCAACUUUUAGAGAGCGACAGGAGCGCCUACUAUGAGAGCUCUCACUCAACCCUGGAGAAGAACCGCCAGAACAUCCAGCAGCUCCGGGGGGAAAACAGGGACCUGCAGAGGAGGGUGUCAGACGCCGAGGCCGAUGAACACCAAUUCAUCAAAUUGGCUUUACACGGCCGAAGCUCGGAAAAGAACACCUGGCCAAUAAUCUCGGAGAAGGCAGCCCUAUCCAAACUGCAACACCGUGUGGCAUCCAAGACAAAGCGUCUCAAUGCUCUUAGGCAUUCAACUCUGACUCAUGAGCAGCGCCUUGAAGACCUAAAGAGGGAAUGUGUCAGAUUGGAAGCAUUGGGCUACAUCCAGGCCAUCUCAGAAAAGGAGGAUAUUACAAUGAAACUGAGGUCACUACAGAACAGCCUGGAGAAGAACCAGCUGAAGUGCAAGGAGGCUGCAAACAUCAUGACUAAUUAUCUAAAACUGAAACGUCACUUGCAGGAGGAAAGUCUGACAUUCGAGGGUAAGAUAGAUGAGAUACAAACAGAAAUCACAAAGUACAGGAAGGAACUGCAUGAAGUUCAGGAUAUGAACAACAAAGCCCAGCUCUCCAAAGAAAUGGCUAUUACCGAGUUACAGCAGGAGGAAGAGCUGUUCUUCAAGGAGCACCGAGAAAAAGAUUAUAUUUUAGCAGUUUACCGAAAAAGGGUUCAAGAGAUCAAAGCCCGGGCUGAAAAGUUAGAUGCUCAGAGGAAAAGUGUACCACAUGAUGAUCUGAACACAGAAGUUGAGAUUGGCGCUGCCAAGAUGGCUGCUGAAAUGGCUCACAGCAUCAGACUGUUUAGUACGACCCUCCAAUGUGUGAAGGAAGCAACUGGUUACACAGCUACAGAGGGACUCUUGAAUCGUUACAUCGCCCAGCGGGAAACUCAUCAACAUUUGCAAGCGCUGAAAGCAGAAAAUCAGUCUAUUCUCCUGCAACUAAAGGAGCAGAAGGUGCACCUGCAGGAAGAGUUUGAGGACAUCAAGUAUUCAGGAGAAACACAAUUGUCCAGUGAGCAGAGGAUGUUGGACGAGUGUGAGAAAGACCUGCUGAAUAAACAGCAGAGCUGUGAAACAGCUAAGGAACGUCAUGCUUCUCUUGUUAAAAUCCUUGGCAGUAUCCAAGCUGGAGUGGAGCACCUCGCAGAAAGACUUAAUCAAGUCUCGCUGAAUGAACCACCGUCAAAGGUGUCUCCUAAGUCAAAAGACUUUUUGGUGCAUAUGCUGACUCAGUGUGAGCAGAAAGUGCAGUUACUCCAGGGCAAGCUUGAAGGAAAAGACCUCGAGGAGAUUACGAAGGACAUGGAGGAAGAAGAGUUCUUCUUCAUGGUUGAGAAACAACUGCCUACUUACAACAAACGAGUCACCAUGUCUGAAGACCAAGAGAUGAGCGUGUUAUCUAACGAGGACGACAAUGAAGAGGAAGAAGGUAUCCUCUCUCGAGAGGCGAUGAAGCGCCGCUCUCAGACUAUUGUUGACAUGUGCAGCAAGAAAACCUGGAAGAUAAAAAAGGGCAAGUGAACAAGUGAACUUGAAAUACCAGGGAGGGAAAUAGCGGGGUGAGCUCUUCUGGUUGGUCAGUACUGAUGGUAAGUUGGUGGAUAAAUACAUAGCUAUCUGGGUAGAUAGAUGGGUGGAAAUGACUCUGAAAAAUGAAAAAUGCGUAUAAUAACAACGGUUCUCCGAACCCUGGAAGAGCAGAAACUGGUCACUGAGAAUCCUUGCAGAUGAGUUGUUGUUUAUUUUCAACAUCACUGGUAUCAUUGACAGUUACGAGAUAGCAUUGUGAUAAGAUUAAUUAACCCGAAGAAAAGACAAGGGCUGACGGGAGAAGCCUGGGCUUAUUAAAUCCUGUCCCCAGAAAACCAAAGAACGCAAAUCUUCGCAAGAUAGUGUAGACAUUUCACAUUGUGAAACAAGUGUUUUUUUUUUUUUUUUUUUGGUGAGUGUGUGUGUGUGCGUUUUUUGUGUGCGUGAGCAACAUGACUCAAAGGCCAUUAGGGAAAAAGGUGAUCGAACUUAAUCAUGAUGAGCUCUAUCUAUGACUAGGACUGAAGUGAUUACCGUAAUUUCCCGAAUAUAAGGCGCACCCGUGUAUAAUGCACACCCCAAAUUUACUUGUAAAAUUUGGGGGAAAUUAUUGUACCCGUUUAGAACGCGCACCCUAAUUUUAGCACCAAUAAAUAGAAGAAUACAAGAAAACAGAGCUCGUGUACAGAUACAGAGAUGUCAUUUUACUGACUGGUGAAACACAGCACAAGCAUAGCACAUUGGUAGUUCAAAACAUUACCGUAAACUGACAAUAUUUACGGUAAUAAUAUGAUUUGACAACUUCUCCAACUUACCAGAAUCUAGGAGAAAACAAAACGGAUGCGACUUUUCUUUUAAAGGCUGCUGUAUAACUUGCUCGUUUCCUCAUGAUGAAUAAAUGUUUCUUCCAUGGAUUGAUACGGUAAAACUACUGAACUAUUGUUAUUUGGGUUUGAGUUUCCCGAGGGACCGAUAUAGUUGACGGACACAGGAAGUGUGUGUCCUUACAUUUGUUAUGCUCCGAAUUGUGGAGCUGCAAUAAACGUCGACUCAAAUGAGUUCAAGAAACUAAAUUCUGUGCUUUAUGAAGAUGAGUUCAAGAAACUAAAUUCUGUGCUUUAUGAAGAGUGAAAAAAGCAGAAUUUAACACAGACGAAAUCAUUCGGCGGAUUAGUGUGAAGUAUUACCGAAACAAAAUGGUGACGUCACGUACCGUAAUGGUCGGCAACGGGUCGCCGCAUACGUUUCUUCAACACAA